AUGACCACCCACGAGCAGUCCCUCCGGGACCACGUCCCCGGCACGAUCCACCUGGUCGAACUCGAGGCCAGCGAACACGACAGCAAAGGCCACAUCGUGCUGCACCCCCAGCCCAGCGCCGACCCGGAGGACCCCCUGAACUGGUCCCGCAAGCGCAAACUUUGGAACAUCGGCAUGGUGUACGCCUACAUUCUGGGUGUCGGCAUCCCCACGACGGUGCAGUAUUCCAUCUUGACCAACAUCUCCGAGGAGACGGGCAUUUCGUUGGCCGAUCUGAACACGGGGACGGGGUUGAUGUUCUUGUUCGCCGGCUGGGGCUGCUUGUUCUGGCAGCCUAUCGCACUCACGUACGGCCGUCGCGGAGUCUACGUCAUCUCUUCGCUGCUGUGCAUCCCUCCUAUGGUGUGGACGGCCUACACAACUUCAACAGGCGCUUGGUAUGCUCAUCGCAUCCUGAUCGGCUUCUUCGUCGCGCCCGUCGAGUCCCUGCCUGAGGUGUCGGUGCCGGACCUGUUCUUCGCUCACGAAAGAGGAAACUACAUGGGUCUUUAUUGUUUGUUUCUCUUCGGCUCCAACGCCCUGGCACCUUUGCUGGCUGGGUUCAUCGCAAACUCGCUCGGCUGGAGGGCUGCCAUUUGGUUCGGCACUAUCGUGGCCGCCGUGGGCACGCUCGUGAUCUUUUUCGGCAUGGAAGAAACCAUCUACUUCCGCUCGGCGAUCGAGGGAGUCAACGGCGCGGUGGAGACGACGCAGACUGAAGCUGUAGGGGAAAAGAACGAAUCCAAAGUCGCUGGAGAACCUGUGAUGAGCGAGUCAUCUUCACCCGCCGCCAGCGACAUUGUCCGCUCCCCACCAAAGACCUACUGGCAGAAACUUACACUCUUCCGAUUGCUUCCCCAGCGGCCAUCCAACAAGCAGAUGUUCAUCAUGAUGGUUCGACCGCUGAUGAUCUUCUUCUUCUUCCCUAAUGUCGACUGGGCGGGAUUCCUGUAUGGCGCCUCGCUCUGCUUGUAUCAAGUCGGCAACGGGACGGUUGCAUUCAUCCUAGGAGGCGCACCGUACCACUUCUCAUCCAGUAUGGUGGGGUUGUCCUAUACAGCCGGCCUCAUCGGUUCGUUGCUCGGCUGGGUCUAUGCCGGCUGGAUUGCAGACAAGGUGACCCUCUACCUCGCCAGACGCAAUAAUGGUGUUCGUGAACCCGAGCAGAGACUCUGGGUCCUGGUGCCAUCCGGCAUUAUUGCGGCGGCUGGGCUCAUCCUCUGGGGUGUGGGUGCUGCUCACCGUGUCCACUGGAUGGGGCUCAUGUUUGGCUUGGCCAUGUUCCAGUUCGGCAUCGUGGUAGGCGCGACGACAUCUCUGGCUUACAAUGUCGACUGCUUCAAGGAAAUUGCGGGAGAGACCCUCAUCCUGGUUAUCGUCAUCCGCAACACCAUGGGCUAUGGCAUGGCGUACGGCAUCACUCCUUGGAUCAAUGCCAGCGGUGUCCAAAACACCUUUAUCGGGACCGCCUUCCUGUUCAUUGGCUGCACCUGCAGCUUUUUGAUCAUGACCGUUUGGGGCAAGAGGUUCCGGAAGAUGUGUGCGAAGAAGUAUUGGCACUUUGUGGACACGCUGAUUGUGGCCUCACACUGA